AUGCCGCUGCGCUUAGAUAUUAAGCGAAAGCUUGUCCAGCGUUCCGACAGAGUUAAGGGGGUGGAACUUCAUCCAACAGAACCAUGGAUAUUGGCGAACCUUUACACCGGAAACAUCUACAUCUGGAACCACCAGACAAAUUCUCUGGUGAAAUCAUUUGAAGUCACAGAGCUACCCACUCGUGCUGCUAAAUGGGUCGCCCGCAAGCAGUGGAUUGUUUGUGGAUCGGAUGACAUGUUUGUGCGCGUCUACAACUACAAUACCACGGAACUUGUCAAGGCAUUCGAAGCACAUAAUGACUACAUUCGAUGCGUGUCUGUGCACCCCACCCUACCCUAUCUCUUGACAAGCUCAGAUGACAUGCUUAUCAAACUUUGGGACUGGGAAAACAAUUGGGUCUGCACUCAGAUUUUUGAAGGGCACUCCCACUAUGUGAUGCAAGUCGUGUUCAACCCCAAGGAUACUAACACGUUUGCUUCGGCCUCACUCGAUCGAACGAUUAAAGUCUGGUCCAUUGGUCAGAGUAGCCCAAACUUCACUCUCGAGGGACAUGAAAAGGGCGUCAACUGCGUUGAGUAUUUUGGUGGUGGUGACAGGCCGUACCUGAUUUCUGGUGCUGAUGACAAGCUCGUAAAAAUUUGGGAUUUUCAGACAAAAUCGUGCGUGCAGACUCUUGAUGGGCAUGCUCACAAUGUGUCUUCCGUUUGCUUUCAUCCUGAACUCCCCGUUAUCAUAUCUGGCUCAGAAGAUGGCACUCUUCGCAUCUGGCACAGCUUAACAUAUCGUCUCGAAAACACCCUGAAUUAUGGUCUGGAGCGAGUAUGGGCCAUAGCUGUGAUGAAGGGAUCUAACUCAGUUUCUGUGGGUUAUGAUGAAGGGACCGUGAUGUUUAAAAUCGGUCGAGAAGACCCCGUAGCCUCCAUGGACACAAAUGGCAGGAUAAUAUGGUCAAAACACAAUGAUAUCCAGACAGUCAAUGUCAAAUCUUUACCUGCUGAAUAUGAUAUUCAGGACGGGGAUCGGCUUCCCUUGGCCAUCAAAGACCUCGGCAGCUGCGACUUGUACCCACAAAGUCUCAUGCAUGGACCUAACGGUCGUUUUGUGACGGUGUGUGGAGAUGGUGAAUACGUCAUCUACACAGCUUUAGCAUGGCGGAACAAAUCUUUUGGAACAGCUCUGGAUUUUGGAUGGUCAGUGGAUUCAUCUGAGUUUGCUGUCCGCGAGUCGCCAUCGAAGAUUAGAAUUUACAAUCAGUUCAAGGAGAAAACAACUUUUCGCCCACACUUUGCCGCUGAAGGACUUUAUGGUGGAGUUCUUCUGGGUUUAAGAUCGACAGAUUUUAUUUGUUUUUAUGAUUGGGCAGAGUCUCGAGUGAUCCGUCGUCUCGACGUGAGUGUGAAAGAUGUUUGGUGGUCUGACAGUGGAGAUUUUGUGGCGAUCGCAAGCGACUCGUCAUUCUUCAUUCUUCGAUACAACGCCCAGAAUACCACGGACGCACUCCAAAAAGGUGAUGUCGAUGAAAACGAAGGUGUUGAGGAUGCUUUUGAGCUGCUGAUUGAAAUUGGAGAGAUCAUUCGCACUGCGGUAUGGGUAGGUGAUUGCUUCAUCUACAACAAUGCAGACUGGCGUUUGAACUAUUGCGUGGGAGGAGAGGUGACCACUAUCUUUCACUUGGAUCGACCUAUGUACUUGCUUGGAUACCUUGCCGCGCAGAGCCGUGUUUAUCUUAUUGACAAGGAAUUCUCUGUCGUUUCAUAUACUCUGUCAUUGAGCCUGAUUGAGUACAAGACGUUGAUUUUGCGGGGAGAGGUCGAUGCUGCGGAAGAGCUUUUGCCGACGAUUCCAACAGAGCAGUACAAUAACAUCGCUCGGUUUCUGGAAUCACGUGGGUUUGUGGCAGAUGCACUGCGAGUUGCAACAGACCCAGACUAUCGAUUCGAGCUUGCCACGCAACUCGGAGAACUCAGUAUUGCUCGAGGAAUCAUCGAAAACGAACUCGCAUCAUCUGUGAGCGCCAAAUGGAAGCAACUCGGAGAGCUUGCAAUGUCUUUGGGUGAUAUCCACCUUGCUUCUUCUUGUCUCGUCAAUGCCGGCGAUCUUUCUGGUCAGCUACUUUUAUGCUCUGCUUCUGCUUCUGCAGUAAAACUUGAAGAGCUCGCCACUCUUGCUAGGCAGUGGGGUAAACAUAACGUUGCAUUUAUCUGUCUCUUUCUCCUCAACAAAAUUGAUGAUUGCAUUGAGCUGCUAUGCGACACUGGGCGCAUUCCAGAGGCUGCAUUCAUGUCUCGCACAUAUGCCCCAUCGAAGGUUUCGAAUGUCGUGGAGCUCUGGAAAGCUGACCUUGCUCUUGUGAACAGGAAGGCUGCAGAUGCUCUUGCUGACCCCACAGAGUACAAAAAUUUGUUUCCCAAAUUUGAUCUUGCUAUGCAUGCUGAAGAGAAAAUUCGAUCAGUUCCGGCUAGUUCAAGAAAGCUAGCCCGCUGCUUUGGAGAACAUGAUAAUCUUCCCGUGUCAAAAAACCUCAUCGAAAAGGUGGACGAAAACAUAGAGGUAGAUGUUGUUCCCAGUGACGUUGAUGAUGCGACGCAAAUUUGCUCUUUGGACACUGUCAACAGCAGACCUGUCGCCACGGCCUCCUCAAAUGCACAGCUAAUGUCAAACAGUUCAGUUGUCGGUUCCAAGGUACUAGAACCAGUCGAAAGCGCACCGGCUGGCGAAGCUGUGAAUAGUGACGGCGAUGACUGGGGGCUUGACGAGAAAGACGCAACCUGAUCCCUUCUCUAUAUUGUUUGGUUAUGCCUUUUGAAAUUCAAUGUUAAACCUGCAAAGGUUGGUAUUGGGUAGCCGACAUGCACGGGAAAAUAUAUCACAGCGCCGUGAGUUGGACUGUCAUCUGAAUCGUGAUUGGGCUGGACCUCUGUUGUUGCUGCCGUCCUCUGAGGUUGAGAUCGUCACUGUUAAUUCUAUCAAGUCGACGAAAAAGAUCAUAUGGUUUCCGUGACGUGACUUGCUCUUCGUUUGUGCGCGUGUGAGAUGACAUGGAAUGCGACUCUGCUCGUUGUGGCGGCGUUGCUGUAUGGAAAUGAUGGAUCACUGCAUGGGAUGUAGCGUCAGCUUGGGCGGGAACGGUGAUCUGAUCAUUCCGAUCUUUUUAUUUUGAGAAGAUAAUGCUUGUAUGUUGGGGUUUAGUUUUGAUUUUGAUAGAAUACUUCGAAGCUUACGAUC